UGUUUAACCGAUACGCAAUGCGCUGGUAACACACAGUAUUUCAUACGAAAGGAAACUAGAUGAUUGUUGAUUGUGCAAAUGUGAAAGUAGUUCGAUGAUUUAUUUGGCAAACAUGAGACUAAUUGCAAUACACUAAAACUGAUUUACAACGGAUCUUAUAUCGUCUCUUUAACAUCAACAGCAAUGUCAUUAUCGGAAGGCAGCGACAGAAGAAUACAUUAAACCGUCAUAGACAACUGAUAAUCCAGCGGUAUUGACGUAUUGACGUAUAAGAGACUUCUAAGUUUCAUUCAAAUCAAUGUAAUACAAGAGUCUCAGAGGAAGGAAUCAUCGGAGAAAAGUUUCAAAUACUUAAUAAUUACAAAUACAGACACAAGACAGGGAAGCAUUUUUUUUCCGCCGGAAAUGCAGACUACUGAAAUCAGAUCAUGAAAGAGAGUCUGGUAAAUCUGAUAAGUCAUCAAAAAAUUAUGAAACAAUUUUCUAACGUAAAUGAGGGAUACGUUUUCAGGUGUACAGAUGAUCGGUUAGAUAGAAGUCAUUUUGAUACGGAGGAAAAAGGCAUCUCGUAUUUGGAAUAAUGGCUUCGUAUUGACAGCGUUAUUACUCUUAGAAACACUGCACUGCGUAGACAUUCAGGAGCGUUAGAAACAACAUAUUGAACUUGAAAAUAGUGGAGACAUCGUCUAAUGUUGGAGUAAAUUUGAACAUUCAUACAUAUUACUGCUUUAAAGGUCAAAUAUACUAUACAAUAUCGGGACAGAGGUUACAAACCUGAAUUAGAGCAUUUUAAAUACGCUUCAAGUCUUGUCAUUAUAAAGAUUAAUUUAUUCUAAAGGAUAUAAGCUAAACUGUAUACUUUUUAUUGGCAGUACGUAGUAUAACGAAAUGGAUAAGGCAGAAUAUAUAAAUGUUACAGACACACCAAAGACACGCCUACUCCAAUCGGCAGAGGAUCAUGAUAUUCUUAUGGCAGUGAUAGGAAUACUGUCAUUCUUUAGUGUCAUAGGAACGGUCGGUAACGCUCUAGUAUUAUACGUUUAUAUCAAAAAGCGAAACAAACUAGCCUCAACAGUAUUCAUAAUAACGCUGGCGGGCACUGAUUUUGUCACAUGCAUACUUAUUAUUCCUUACACGAUAGUUCUAGAAUAUGUGGUGUAUUAUGUCAAAUAUGAUUUUCUUUGUAAAUUUUACAUGUUCCUAAUUACAUCUAACGUGCCAUUUUCAGCAUUUAUCAUGACGGCUAUUGCCGUUGAUAGGUACUUGUGUAUAUGUCAUCCUUUCACGCAUAUACUAAACAAGAGGAUUGCUAAAAUGAUAAUAUCCCUUCUCGCAACAGUAGCGUUUAUACUGGGAAUUAUUACAGCCUUAAACUAUGGGGUAUACUUUAAAAAGGAAAGAAAUACAACGCAAAUAGAUGAAAGAGAUAACGCGGAAACAUCUGAUAUAUAUCAAAGUGUCAUAAAUAGUUCAACACAAUGGACUGAAGUUACGUAUGUAUAUGAAUCAGUUAAUGGAACGUCGCCAAAUAACGUUAAAAACGUUUCCGCCAUAAGUAAAGAGGUGAUUGAAUAUGGCGGUAUGUGUCAACCAAACGGACUUAUAUUCAGUCAUCGUUUCACGAAUAUAUAUCAGAAAGUAUAUUCAAGCUUUUUUGUGAUAGUGAUAGUCGUUGUUGUAGUUUUAUAUAUACUCAUUUACAAAUUUGUGUCAGUCCGUAGAGCUAAAAGGAGACGCAUGCGCAGUCAACGAUCAAUGUAUUCUUCGUACAAGGAGUCGCCCACAACUUUUGUAAAUACUCGGGCGUCUUUGAAUAAUGGCAGUGUGAAAACGGAAUUAGAUAUGGAAAGUGUAGCAGACGAACCACGCCCUAAGACGGAAAAGACUGUUUUUCUGCGGAGAAUGACAAUCCGAGAGAAGGGUCUUGUUGCAAAUAUACGAACUGCUGCAAUGCUUUUUGUUGUCACAGCUGUUUUUAUCAUUGUGUUUCUACCAGCAUGGUUGAUGGCGCACGAAGUGCUGCCGUACAAUAUGCUAAUUUUCUAUAUGUAUUUCUUCUAUAAUGUCGCUAAUCCAAUUAUAUAUGCCUUUAUGAACAAAGCUUUCAGAAGAGACCUCAAAGACGUGAUAGAGUGUAGAGUUACGCAAUAACUGCGUUAUAAUCGAUCUUAAAAACAUCUCAUAACCAUUGGAAGAACUCAUUUUGCCACUUAAAUAAGUAACUCUGCAAAAAAGUGUCGAACGUUGGGUAUUUUCCAGCUUACGUACAUUUUCAUUCAAAAUUAUGUUUAGACUAAGCAUCUUUGUUCUGAAUUUUAUGAUUUGUUCAACAGAAUUGAAGAACGUUACCUAUUGUAAAGCAUAUAUAAUAUUAUCACCCGUUGAAUUAAAUGCUUAUGUGUUUUAUUAUCUAUUAAAUAGAUACUUUUCAUUGCUUUCUGUAUUUUGUUCUGUGAUUUUUGCAAACAUUCUAUAAAUUAAACACCUGUAAAUUCCCAAUUGUUAAUGUA